AUGUCCUUUGUCCAUGCUAAAUGCUCAGUUGACGAGCGGCGUGACUUAUGGUCCUCAUUGUUAGCUGAUAAGCCUAGUUUUCUUCCUUGGUGUAUUGGGGGUGAUUUUAAUGUUAUUGUGGCACCUCAUGAAAAAAGGGGAGGUCGUCCAUUUGCUAUAACAGAAGGAGUGGAAUUUCUGUCUUUCAUGGAGGAGGCUGGAGUAUUUGAUGUUGGCUUCUCAGGACCCAAUUUUACAUGGUCAAACAAUCGACGAAGUAGAGCUCGGAUUUCAAAGAGGUUAGACAGGUUCUUAGUCAACGGGGCAUGUCUGGAUCUUUCUUAUAACAUUUCUGUCCUUCACUUGGCUAGACAUCCAUCUGACCAUUCACCGUUAAAGCUCUCAUUUGUUGCUCAAUCAGAUGCUAAGCCGCGUCCAUUUCGAUUUUUGAAUGUGUGGACGACUAAACCACAACUCUUGGAGGUGAUAAGCCAGGCUUGGAAUCAAGAUGUCAAUGGAUCUCCGAUGCGUGCUCUAUGUUCUAAAUUAUUAGCAACAAGAAAAGCUAUUCAGACAUGGAACAAAGAACACUUUGGAAACGUGAUCGAUAAUAUGCGAUCUGCGGAAAUGGCGGUGCAACGGGCAGAAGAAGUAGUAGAUCAAGAUGAUUCCGAGGAGUGCCAGAUUGAACUCAAAAAGGCUCAGGCGGAGCUGAGACAUGCAUUAUCAAUUGAAGAACAAUUUUGGAGGCAAAAGGCCAGGGUGAAAUGGCUUCGACAGGGAGAUACCAAUUCAAAGUAUUUUCAUGCGAUAGUAAGACAAAGACGGGCUCAAGCUAUGAUUUAUCGUAUCAAAAAAGCCAAUGGUGUUUGGGUGGACAAUGAAGCUGAUAUAGCAAGUGAAGCAACCACCUAUUUCUCUAAACUUUUCUCGGAUUCUUUGGGAUCAUCUGCAGAUAUGCUACACCUAAUUCCACCUAUGAUUUCGGGAGAGGAUAAUGUGAAGUUGGAAGAAAUCCCUUCAAUUGAAGAGGUUUUUAGAGUCCUGAAGGCAAUGGAUGAAGAAAGUGUUGCUGGCCCAGAUGGAUUCACGGGAAAAUUUUUUACUUUUGCAUGGCCAGUCAUCGCCCAAGAUGUCUACAAGGCGGUACUCAGUUUUUUCUGUGGAGCAGAACUUCCUCGUUUCAUCACCUCUACUUCAAUUGUUCUAAUUCCAAAGGUGCCAAAUCCUCAAGAUUUUUCUCAAUUUAGACCCAUCAGCCUAUGUAACUUCUUCAACAAGCUAUUAUCAAGGAUCUUGGCAGACAGAGUGGCGGAAAUAUUGCCAAAAAUUAUUUCUCCCCAGCAGACAGGAUUUGUGAAGGGUCGUAAUAUAACCGAAAACUUCCUACUUGCACAGGAGGUGAUAUCGGGUAUGGCGAAAAAGAAUAGAGGUGGUAAUGUGGUUAUGAAACUAGACAUGUCUAAGGCAUAUGACAGAGUGGCAUGGGGUCAUAUUAUCAAUGUUCUGAGAAGGUUCGGUUUUGGUGAGAGAUUCAUUGAUAUGGUUUGGCGACUGAUUUCUAAUGUCUGGUUUUCCGUCAUUAUAAAUGGAUCCUUAUAUGGUUUUUUCAAAUCUUCGAGAGGACUCCGUCAGGGUGACCCAUUAUCACCAGCAUUAUUUAUUAUAGGGGCAGAGGUGUUAUCUAGAGCACUGAAUAAUCUUGUCAUGCAACCAAGAUUUGUGGGUUUCAAAGUUCCAUAUGGAUGCCCGUCUAUUACUCACUUGGCAUUUGCGGAUGAUGUUCUUAUUUUUGCAAAUGGAUCCUCAUUUUCCCUGAAGGCUAUCAUGAAAGUGUUAGAUGAUUAUCAAAGAUGUUCGGGCCAAUUAAUAAAUGUACAAAAAAGCUGUUAUCUAGUUCAUCCAUCUGUAUCAAUGGCAAGACGACGGCUGCUUGAUCGCAUUUCUAGGUUUGCCCGCAAGUCAUUUCCAUCAGCUGCAGUUAUUCCCAGUUCGGUGUUAAAAACUAUAGAAAAGGCAUGCUCGGCAUUCCUGUGGGGAUCCUCACCCGAGGAGUCGAAGCUUCAUUGGAUAAGUUGGCCUCAAUUGUGCUAUCCAGUUGAGGAAGGGGGAAUUGGAUUUCGGAGAUUAUGUGACGUCUACAUAGCCUUUUCCUCCAAGUUAUGGUGGAAAUUCCGAACAGAAUCAUCACUGUGGUCAACCUUCAUGAAAGCAAAGUAUUGUAAAUGUCUGCAUCCUUGUCAGGUAGAACUCAGGCCAACGGAUUCGGCAAUUUGGCGAAGGAUGAUCAAUGUGAGCAGACAAGUGGAACUCUCAAUAUUAUGGGUGGCCAAAUAUGGGGCGUGUCAUUUUUGGUACGAUAACUGGUUGGGGAGUGGUGCAUUGUUUCUAAAGGUUCCGGUUAUCCCAAAUUUGACGUUCCGAAACUUCGUAAGCAACGGCCAUUGGGAUUUGAACCUUCUUUACCAUACAUUGCCAAAGGAAAUUGCUUAUUCCAUUUCAGAACAAAUGGCCCCAGAAGAAGGAAGUAUAGCUGAAGUCAUUUGGAUGCCCACAACAACUGGAAAUUUCUCUCUACACUCAGCUUUUGGGGAUAUUAGGCAGGCCCGACCCACGUCUAUGGUAUUUGCUUCCAUUUGGCACCCUCGGAUACCUGUGAAAGUUUCAUUUUUCAUGAUGAGACUUCUUCUGAGGAGAAUACCGACACCGGAUAAGCUUCGUAAAUUUGGUUUCCAUUUGCCGUCAAAGUGCUUUUGCUGCACUGAGGCUUCUGAGGAGUCUAUUGAGCAUUUAUUCUCCAAUGGACACAUUGCGUCAUUACUUUGGAAUUAUUUUGGAGGGUUAUGUGGAAUAAAAUUCUCAGGAUCUUUUCUACGAGCACGCAUAGUAGAUUGGUGGUUGUUUUCACAGGAUUCUGAGUUACGAAGGCUUAUUUGUCGUAUUCUUCCUAGUGUAAUUUGCUGGCAGAUUUGGAAGGCAAGGAACAAAGCAAUGUUUGAGGGUGUCCAGAUGCAAUCAUCAGCCAUUCGCCAAGCCAUCUUCUCAGAAGUCCAAUCCAUGGUAGGAAUACAUUUUAAACAACUGAUAAGACUACAAUCUUUUUGUCAAUUGUAUGAUUGGUCAAAUGCACCUGGAGGUACAGUUGUAUAUCAAGGUAUCCGCUGGGAAACCAAAGAGACAGGGAGGUAUACUCUUAACACGGAUGGAUGUGCUAAGGGUAAUCCAGGAAUAGGUGGAGGUGGGGGCAUACUCCGGGAUUCCACUGGAUUGCCAAUGAUUGGUUUUUCGGCAUAUCUGGGAGAAACUACAUGUCUCCGUGCAGAGGCUUGUGCUCUUCUUAUUGGUCUUCAGAUCUGUAUACAUAAGGGUUUUGGAAACAUAUGUGUACAAUCAGAUUCAUUGGUUUUAAUUGGGAUCAUUCAACGUCGUACUCAAUGUCCGUGGAAAAUUCGAAGAUACGUCAACCAGAUUUGGCAGUUAUUAGAUGAUCCAUCUAGAUUCACGCACUGCUAUCGGGAGGCUAACACAGUUUCUGAUGCUUUAUCUAAUGUGGGUAUAUCUCAUCCAGAUAAACAAAUUGAGAUUUAUGACACCUUCAGUACAUUCCCAAGGUUGCCUCGUGGGGCAAUCCGUUUGGACAGAAUAGGGAUACCUUCAAUUAGAAAAAUGAGGAUUAUGUAA